GCCAACAUGCAGUCAGCUUCUGCCAAACGCGGGACAGACUGGCUUCAGAAGACACCACUCCUCUGUCCGACCCCAAACCUCCCCUGUCUUUGAGGCGCUUUCUCCUAUCCCAACCAAUAAUGUAAGACUUGGAAAGAUCUGUCAGCUGUUCAGACGAGUCGUCGCUUUUUACGUUCGCGAAUCUGUUUCCAACGCAGUCAGACAGCUUACAGUCAGGCUACAGCUGGUCAUUUGCAAGGAUACCUGGUGUGAGAUGCGGCAAUGUCCCGAGGAAUAUACCUACGCGUGAACUCUUUUGACUCGGUCCGGAUUUUGGCGUUGGUGUUUUUUUCAGUAAAUGUAAUCAACGCGGAUAAGCACAGCUGUUAUGAAGUGAGAGCCGCUUUCCAGCAGCGACACGUCGGACCGCUUCACCUGGUGCCGGAGAAACCGUACAAAGAUGCUGAUCUGCAGAUAUGCAAGCACCAAGGUCCAUCUUGCUGCAACAAGAAGAUGGAGGAAUGUUAUCAGGCUGCUGUGAAACGAGAAACCCUGCAAAAAAUCGAGUCCCACACGUAUCAGCUGGAACACCUCCUUUCUGGCCAUUCAGAUACGUUUAAGGACAUGUUUCAGUACCUCCUGUCAUUCUCUCAAGGUCAUCUAAGUUCACUGUUGGAGGGAACCUACUCGUCCCUAUCCCAUCAGGCUUUGCCCCAUGUGAAUCAACUGUUUUCCUCACUCUCCCUAUUUCUGCGUGGAGCCAACGUCUCAGUUGAGUUGACAGUUCACAGAUUUUUUAAUAACAUCUUCCCUCUUGUGUAUACACGGUUCAUAAAUCCAGGCAUUGAAGGGAGUGUUACAGCAAGCAGCACAUUUGGAGACUGCCUGCGUAUGAUCAGGCAGGACGUGAAACCUUUUGGGAAUUAUCCUGUCAUCAUGGCUCAGGAACUGGCUGAGCUGUUGGAGGUUGGCAGACAACUGGGUCUCGCCUUGAAUAAAGGACUAGAGGUCAUCAACGCAACAGAACAUGUCAACUUCAGUAGAGAUUGUGUAAAAGGUCUGGCAAAGAUGGUGUACUGCUCUCACUGCAGAGGCUUGACACUGAUUAAGCCCUGUGCUGGCUACUGUUUGAAUGUAAUGCGGGGCUGCUUAGCGAGUAUGUCCGAGCUGGAUCAGCCUUGGAGGAUAUAUAUCAGCUUCUUGGAGAAACUAACCAUUGCAAUGGCUGGCCACCACAGCCUGGAGCUAGCCAUUCUGGGGGUCAGAGGGCGUGUUAAUGGAGCACUGCUCUACGCACAGAACCAUGGUCCACUCAUUACUGCUACGGUGGACAAGGUGUGUGGCCUGCCUACGGGGGAACCUCCAGGCAUGCGGCCUACAAGCCCAGAGUUCACAACCUCUACCACAACCUCAACUUCACCUCCUCCAUCUGCAUCCGCCCCCUCCUCCCAACUUUUACCAGAGGAGUGGCUGGACAAGUUUGCCCACUUAAAAAGCCCAUUCCCUCUGAAACCCUCCAAGAACAAUAAACCUAAUCUGAGAACGCUCUCUUGGGAUUUCUUAAGGUUACUGCAGCGAUAUAAGCCCUUCUUUAUAACAGUGCCAGAGAUGCUCUGUGAAGGAGAGUAUGUAGUGGACGACUCCACCUGCUGGGGUGGUGAUGGUGUUGUAGAAAGUUAUAUUAGCAGAAUCGUCGGAAAUGGUCUGGAUGCCCAGAGGCAAAACCCAGAGGUCAAGGUUCGAAGCUUAGAUCCUACAAUGGCUGAGUUAAAGAAAAGGCUGGAGCUCUUCAACCGGGAAACCCAGGAGAAGUUCCCAGAUCUUAUUGAAAUUCACGUCUGGGAAGAACUGGGCAGUGGGGAAGAGCAUGGAAGCACCGCAGACUGUGAUGAUGAAGAUGGCUGCCAAAGCUCAGGAGAUGGUGAAGAACACAACAAAAGACUGAGCCCAGUUACCCAUCUCAGCAUUGACAGAAAUGUGCUUACAGUUAAGAAGGUGCAAGGACUAUGUCACAAACUGAUGUCAAUGGGCGGACGUCAAAUGAAAGACAGCCUGGAGGUGACAACACACAAGAAAACCUUUCCAAGCCCCCUGCAGUGAAGGUGGUCGGGGGUUCACCAACUAUGAGCUGGCAACAACCGGGUUGCCUUGUUUUGCUUGUUGCUGGACUUUGUCUGAAGUGGAUGAUGUUCUGAUGACAGUGCUAUCUAAAAAGAAAAAAAACAAAAAAACAACUCUUCUCAUCCCUGCCCCUGUACAUGACACUCACAUCAUAGACAUAUCAAAAAUAUUUCCCUUACUUCUCUCAUCAUUCUGCACGGAUAGACAUCACUAAGGGCAACACAGUAAUGAAGAGUGGGACAUUGUGUGGACAACAGUGUGGAAGCCUGUAUAUGCAUAAUGAGUGGGUAACCACAGGGUCUUGUCCCACAGAAUCACCAUAGUGAAUGCUUGUAAAGAUUAGAUUUGUCGUUUUCACUAUACUGUUUGGGGCUAGAUGUGAGUAUAAAGGAGUGGUACAGCUUUCGCUUCACUUGCACAGACCUAACUUUUGUAAUUCAGAAUGGGGUUGUAUCAUUCUUAAGAACAUUUACAACUGUAAGCACUUAAAUACAAACAUAAUUCAAAUAACAUAUAGCAGCUGUCUUCUUUUUCUACUGUUGAUUUAACUUAUCCUCUAAGCUAUGAACCUCUUCACAGCACUGUACUAAUACCAGCCAGGUGGAAGAAUUCUGCUCUUAAAAAUUUAACUAAUUUCUUUGUGGAAUUAAGGAAUGCAUGAAAAACCAAUAGAUCCGUCCCAGGUGCCUGGUCCAAAACAGCAGAUUUGACUUGCUGUAAUGACUGUGUGCCUUGCAGGGAUUAGAAUGUAAUGACUUCACAAGCUCCCUUGCAUGGCUGAACAUAUUGUGCAGACAAACUAGGUGUGAAUACUGUAGCAAGCAACUGUAUAUAGGUAGAGAGAUUUGAGUGAAUGUAUGACAUGAGCUGAAUGGGUUGUUAAUUUGUUUUCUUUCAUGAAUAGGCUAUGCUUGUCAGCUCUACACAACAUGUCAAUAUAAUGUUAAUGUCAGGAAUAAAGGGAAAAUAUGAAUAAUUUACCACAUUAAGUCAUUAUAAGAAUGGGGAGUUUUAGAGUUUUGAACAAAGGUUGUAAAAUGCUGGCUCUAGUAAUGUUUAUUGUGCAUCCUGCUUAGUGUGUUUGCUUGAUGAAUUGCACAUUAUUGCACGAAUUAAAUGAUAACUUUUUAAAAUUAUUUCUCACAGAGCUUCAGUUUCAAAUACUCUUUAUUUUUGAAUUUCUUCCCUUAAAAUUUCUAAUUGUGAAAUUAUAUUUUAUUUUUUGCCUUUCUGCAACCAGAUGAUGUAGAAUCACAAAACAAUACAGUAUCCCUAGUAUAUGCUUUUUCUAUUUGUUUUCUUUUUUUUUUCAGAAAAUCUAACAAUUGAAAAUGUGUUUUCAUUAUAUUGUGAUGGCACAGAACAGAGGAAGAAAAAACAUGUGUUCAGAUAUGGAUUCAUUUGAGUGCCAGUUUAUCCUUUUGUGCAGACGAAUUGUAAUGACUGGUAAAAUGUUGUAAUGGCUGGCACUAACACAGAGGAAUACGGUUUAAAUCAAAUAGAACAUGCAUUGUAUAAUAGGCAUACAUUUGUUUCCUCAGUGUCACACAUUAAAUCAGAUAUGCUUUUCCCUGUUUUAGGUCAGUUAGGAUCAUCCAACCAUUUUUAUCUGCUAAUUGCCGCAAUAAUGAGAGAGACCAAGUUUUAGAUAUUUGGCCUGAUUUCUUUAAUUUUUCCAUAUUUCACACAAGAAGUCAGUGUGUUUGAGGUACGGCCUUAAAAUACAUCCACAGGUGUGGCUCUGUUAAACUAAGAUGUUGUGAAUUAACCUUUCAGAAGCUUAGGGUAUGCAACUCUUUAAAUUUGAAGAAAGUAAUUCAACAUUCUCUGCAAAUAAUCUCAUUAUUUCGGCAUUUAGCAAAUGAAAAUAAUUUAGUUGCUCUUAAACUGACCUAAAGACUGUGAUAUGAGGUCUGACAGUGAAAAAAAAAAGUUGUGUUUCAUUUUUAUACAGUGUUUAUUAAUACCUGGUUUUAACUGUAGCUGUGUAAGCUGGGCUGAUAACAAAGUACUACACCCUACCUGAAAACACAAAUGUGAAGUGUAAUUUAGAACAUCCAUGGAUUUACAUACGGAAGCAUCAAAGUCAAAUUGGAAUAGAAUAAUUAUUAUAGUAACUAUGCAAGCUUUCAAAAGUUGAAUUUGUAACGUUUUGUGUUCUCUAAACACAGCUGUUCCAUCAUAACUUUUGCUCCAAAGCAGCAGUAAAUUCACCCAUCUAUCAGCGGUUUUAGGCCCUUGCAUGUGUAUAAAUGUAUAUAUUUUUCAUCCUGUCAUUUGUUUUGUGUUUGUCAUUUUUGUAUCAUUACGAUACAGUGCACUCGAGCUCUAUUAAAAGUGCUCUGCUCUU